GUCGGAGAAAGUUUUGAUGCUAUUUUCGGUUAUAUACAGCGCGUCGGUCCCAGUGGAAGUGUAUUUGCGUGCGGGCGGAGGAUGAUCACGUAGAAUAUAUUAUGUUGCGCUCUCAGAGGCUAACUUCGACGAGGAGGAUUUGGUCGGAUCCGAGGACCUUGCGAAAGAGGAUGGUGCUGCACCUGGCAUUGAUCCUGGUGUUGCACAACAUUUGCAUGCAGAUGUUGACGAUCACCAAUCGGCUAACGGUAAUCUCGACGAAAAGUGGCAGACAUGGAGUGCUCCGUCAAGUGUUCACUUCGCCGCGGGUGCGAUCCGCGCUGCCUCAAUUGUCGCCCUACGACGUGAAUCUGAUUUUACGCGAGCACGAGUACACCCACAGCUUUUCGGAAGGAUGUGUGAAGGGAUACGACUCGAACCAGCUGGGGUCGAACUCGCCGAUGGAGGACUCCAGGACGGAGGCAACGAUCCUGAAUACAAAUGGUUUUAUUUGCGGUGUGUUUGAUGGUCACGGUGGAGCAGCUUGCGCUCAAGUGGUGUCAAAAAGACUUUUACGUUAUAUCUCAACAGCAGUUCAAAGCAAAGAACUAAUCCGAAACUUAACUUCCGAGCAGGAGGUUAGAAGUCAAUCGUUUUUAAAGUGCCAUAAUGAUAAGGUAGACUUUGUAUCUGAAGUAAGAUCUCUCUACGAGAAAAGCUAUCAAUCCUAUUUAAAAUAUUUAUUGAACGAAGCUGGUGAUGAUAAUGAUCGCGUCAACAUAAUCACAAAUGCAUUUUUGCAUUUAGAUAAUGAUUUAUCCAAAGAAGCACUUGAUAGUCCAAGUAUACGAACGUUAUCUGUCGCCAUGUCAGGUGCUGUUACUUGUGUGAGUUUAAUAGAGGGUCGGGAAUUAUAUUUAGCCAGCACAGGAGACUGCACUGCCGUUUUAGGUUCCGUGACUGACACUGGUCAAUGGGUAGCCAAGAAGCUCAACCACGAACAUACAACAGAUAAUAUUCAAGAAGUUCGGCGCAUUUUGGAUGAACACCCGCAGGCGGAACGUGAGUCUAUCAUCCGGAAUGAACGUCUCUUAGGUCAAUUAGCUCCACUGCGAGCCUUAGGUGAUUUUCGCUACAAAUGGUCCAAUGACAUAUUGCAAAAAGUUGUCGUUCCUACGUUUGGCGAGAUGAGUGUUCCGCCAAACUACUAUACCCCACCGUAUUUAACUGCCCGACCAGACAUUACCCACCACACCCUCAAACCGAAUGAUCUGUUUCUGAUAGUUGCUAGCGACGGGCUGUGGGACUUUUUGUCGCCGACACAAGCGGUUGGCUUGGUAGGUGAACACAUGGCCGGAAAAGGGUACUUAGAACCAUUGAAACUGCCAAGUUCGGGUGUCACGUUGGAGGAAAUAUUAAACAUUUUAGAGAAAAGGAAAGCUGGCCGCAAGAAGAAACCAUUGGAUAAGAAUGCAGCGACUCAUCUCAUACGAAACGCAUUAGGUGGAACCGAGUACGGCAUAGAGCACUCUAAGCUGUCGCAUUUAUUGUCCUUGCCGCAAGACGUUGUUCGUCUUUUCAGAGAUGACAUCACGAUCACCGUCGUUUACUUCAACCAGGAAUACUUGAAAAAGCCUCAUUUCUGAUUUACUCCUCUAAAUAGUUUUUAGGGGAUCGGUUACAACUUGGAAAGUGAAAGGAUAAAUCGUGAUUAGUGUAAAUUAUUGAACUGAACUUUAAUUGUAUUGAAAUGCACAAUUAUGUGUGCAUUCGAGGAACAGUUUAGAAUGUUAUAUUUUGCUUUUUUUUGUUAUUUUCCCCCAAUACACGUUGCUGUUUGAAAAAAGUCCGAAAAGAAAGAUGUAUUCGUCAAAGUUUUGAAUUUUUCCUUGUGCAAUUCAGUUUUCUAGUUUUGAUAAUUGUAAUAUAUAACUUAAGGCUUAUUUAUUUAAAUAACAAAUGACUUUAAGAGCUAC